UGUCGAACACACACAGAGGACACCACCUUUUAUAGAAAGAAGAAAGCAGCUUUCAAAACUCAAACCAAUCCAUCAUAAAAAAUCCCACACCCCCUUUUGAGCAUUAUUCAACAAGGGAGGGAAUAUAAUCUUUUGUUUGUGGAAUGGAGGUAGAAAAUGGGGAGCAUGAAAAAAGAGUUGUUCUUGAGAAUUCCAACACUGAAGAAAUCUCUAAUUCUUGUCUGGAUCUAAACAAGGAAAAUUUCAUUACCAGUGAUGACUCAUUUCCUUGUAAAAAUGAAGUCUUCAAAAAAGAUGUAAUAAAAGACAAUGAGGCCCUUAGUUCUUCAUCAAUAUCCCAGCCAGAAGUCGAAUUACCCGCAUCUUUAUCGAAGAGCAACAAAUCGUCUAACGAGGGUAAAAAGAAUUCCACCACGAAAAACAGUAAAUUGUUGGGCAAGAAUCAAUCCGAUUCGAAAGGAUCGGUUGUGUUUGGCCGCAGCACGAAGCUGAGCUUGUCGCAGAGUCUCUCUUUCCCCGCAAGAGGGCGUCAUUCCGAUGUAAUGAAACGAACAAUCGACGAGUUUCCGGUUACGCCCCUCAAAAACGGUGCUAAAGAUGUGUCCAAAGGUUCGAAUGUGAAUAUUAAGGGCGGCAAUAGACGCUCGACUUUAUCAUCUUUGCCUAGCCUUCGUAAAUCUGUUGUGGCUCGAAAACAUGUGUCUUCUAAUCAACCAUCUGCGAAAAACACUACAACUGAUGUAUCGGUUGAGAAAAAAUCGGAGACUAGCAAUAACGAUGUCCCUGUUCAGGAGGACGAUACUCGUUCCACUACUUCAUCAACACUAACUCCUAGAACACAGGAGAGGCUUAACGUAGCAGCCUUCUCAUUCAGGUUGCAAGAACGUGCCGAAAAACGUAAAGAGUUCUUUUCGAAGAUAGAAGAGAAAAUACAAGCCAAGGAAGAGGAGAAGACUACUUUGCAAGCCAAAUCGAAGGAAAGUCAAGAGGCGGAGAUAAAGCAGCUGAGAAAGAGCUUGACGUUUAAAGCUGCACCUAUGCCGAGUUUCUACAAAGAACCCCCUCUGAAAGUCGAACUCAAGAAGAUACCGACUACACGUCCGAUAUCGCCUAAGCUCGGAAGGAACAAAGGUGCUCCGUCGUCAGAAAACGGUGGAUUUUGUGUUAGUCCGAAGAUAAACGGCGACAAGGACAAUAAGAAAACAAGCAAGAGCGCGUUGUCCAAAUCUCAAACUCGAGAAUCCUCCACUGCUCGAAAAGCGAAGAUUGUCCAAACAGAGGGCAAAUUAACCAAACAAACUUGUGAACACAGCAAUGAAGAAGAAAUCCAGGAUCGCCCGCGUUGUGUCCCGGAAAUCGAGGAUCAGAUAGAAGCGGUAGAUCAAGCUUCUUCUAACACUAAUGGAUCGCGCGUCGGUUUGCUAAACUCUGAGGCGAUGCAUGCAAAUGUGGCCGUCGAAGGAUGAAUAAUUAUAUAUAUAUAUAUAUUGAAGUUAUGGUCUUUGCUUACGGAAAACUCCAUCUUGUUUGUGAAUACGGUUCGUGUAUGUUAUAAAGGGAAAAUUUGUUGAAGUUUGACGUAUAAAUUCGUUUGUGUUUAAGUCGACAUGUAAUUUUUAUUUUUUUUGGUUCCUUUUUUUUUGUGUAUUAUAGUUCAAAGAGUAUCGCGAAGGAAGUUGAGUUGAAUGCGUAAUUAUUGAAGUUUGUGUCGAUUUUUACC